CACCCCACCGAGAGCCAGCUGUUCUCACGUGACCAGAGUGAAAGGACUUUGAGUGAGGAGCUGUGUUAGCGAGAAUAGACGCGCUGUUAAUUAAGACCGUAACGACUCUGUGGGUUGGUUUUAAGUGGGACACGGCUUCGAGUCGCAGUAAAAUGUCUGAUACGAUAAAAAACGUGGCGAUAUUUGGCGCGACAGGAAUGACGGGCUUGGUGACCUUACCUCUUGCAGUGGCAGCAGGUUAUAACGUGACGGUGCUGGUAAGGGAUCCAUCCAAGCUGCCUGCUGACCAUAAAGCCUCCAGGGUUGUGGUGGGAGAUGUCCUUAACAAAGAUGAUGUGAAGAAGACUUUGGAGGGUCAGGAUGCUGUCAUCAUCAUUCUGGGCACAAGGAAUGAUCUUAGUCCUACUACCAUGAUGUCUGAGGGCACACGGAACAUCCUGGAGGCCAUGAAAGCCCGUGGCAUCUGCAAAGUGAUUGGCUGCAUGUCCGCGUUUUUGCUGUGGGAACGAGAAAAGGUUCCUCCUCGCCUGGUUCCUGUCACUGAAGAUCAUGAGCGCAUGCACAUCUUGCUGAAGGAGUCUGGAUUGGAUUAUGUAGCGGUGUUGCCUCCACACAUCGCAGAUAACCAUCCUCUGACUGAGAAAUACACAGUCACUGAGAACAUGCUGCGGGGAAGAGUCAUCUCCAAACAUGAUCUUGGUCACUUCUUCGUCAAGUGUCUUUCCACGUCUGAGUGGGAUGGGAAGACAGUGGGGGUGUGUGGAGAAUACAGCUAAACUCUCACUGUUCAGUACAACUUCAUUAGGUUUUGUAACACGCCUUUUUAAUGCAACAGAUCUUCAUGACAUAAAGGAAAUAAUUGAUUAAACAGAUAAUAAUGCAAUACAAUAAUCUCAUUAUGAUUACUUUUUUUUGCAGUGUCAAUGCGUUUGAUUAAAUGCUUAUUAGAUGUACAAUAUUCUUUUAUAUUUAGAAAUUAAAAGUCUAUUUUGAAAGUAAAUAAA